UAUUAUUUGACUUUAAAAUAUUCAUACAAUUAUACUGUAUCUAAUAAUUUGAUUAUCACAAGUGGUUAACUGCAUAUCCUCAUUACCUGAUCCCUUAAGACAGCUGAUCCAUAGUGUCAGUUGUUCACAGAGUGGUGUCGCUUGUGAUGUCUGAUUUUGUUGAGACAUAUUUGGCAUUCAUUGUCGUCGGUAUCAUAUGGCUAUCAAUGGCUAUACUAGUGCUGUUAGUCUAUCUACUGUUCCCGCCGGGCAUCGACUACUGGGACAAAAUGUGCGACAAAUGUACGAUCUCGACGGCCAACUAUCGCUAUGUAAUUCGGUUCGUAUUCGGCAGCUUUAGGCCGGCCUUUCAAAUAUCCAAAACGAUCAUUUCGGUCGGCAUUCUGGACAGUGCUAAGACAGUGGUUGUACUUAGAAUACAACCAAAACAACUGGAACAAAGUGUCCAACAUCGGGACUCAACACAACUUCGGGAAUGCCGAUUCUUGCUCUACCGAUUGGAACCGUUAUCGGACAUACGUCACGUAGUGGUCAACCAUAAUGGCCAGGCCAGUAUUAAUGUCAGCUUUAUCGAGAUACAAGAUCUGGCCAGUAGAGAGGCCAAUAUUGCCUACGUCGGACAGGCCAUCAAUAAUAUAUCAAAAGAUAAGGUGUCCAAUACUGUCCAACAGUAUCCGGCGGCCAGUCGCGAGCCGCGCGAUAUUGAACCAGAACUGACCACCGGUCAGACGAUGACCGCCUUGGAGUACAUGCUGUUGAUCUUUGUGUCCAUCAAUUACAUCCUAUUGCAGACCAUUUUUAUCAUACCCUGUAUCGAUGGCAUGUGCUCUGACUAUAGAAACGAAUUUGUCGACUCCCUGUUUGCCGGACUGUUGGCCAGUCUGUGUACUACAGUAUUGUUUGUAUGUCUGUGUGUUGUCUACCGGUAUCUCAUUAAACGAUUGUUAUAUCGAUCAAAAAGUUCAAUGGUUUGGGUCGGCAUCCGAUACGGGUUUCUAUCGGUGUGUAUGGCAGCGGGUAUUGCAUUCGGAGGCGCCUCCUUAUUCUUGACGUUGCAAAAUCGCCAUUCCACUGAAGCCCGUCAGAUUACAUCGAAAACUUGUUGGCUAAUCGGCGUCGGACUGGCCAUUGUCGUUUACGGCCUAUUUUGGCUACCGAUACUGUCGAUAGUGGGCUUUUUGUUUGGUUUUUUCAACGAACCGACCACCGGUAGCGAUCAUAAAGGACCAGAGGCCGGUGCGGGUGCAGAGAUCAAAGAGGCAGCCAAUAUAGACGACCCGAAUACUACCCGAACCAAUAUGAGCGACGAACACGACUACUAUAACCAGUUGACAAAAGGCAACCAAAGAGUCAAAUCUAUAUCUCAAUACAAGGGCUUACACGUGAAAACAGGUAGUAAACCGUCGACAGCCGGCGGCUCAAAAGAUUCUGGCGGUUCCGGCAAACAGUCGUCGGCCGACAAGUCAUCGGGCGUCAAGAAAUCUAAAUCUACCGAAUCGAUUGGCGAUCGCUAUUAUAAACAGCUUAUCGGUAAGGAUGCCAAAGUCAAGUCGGUAUCACAAUAUCCAGGUGUAGGCAAAAAAUAAGGUCAUACCAUACAUAUGUACUGUACUUUAGUGUAUGUAUGUAUGUAUCACUCAUAUCUAUCUAUCUAUCAUUCAUUUUAUUUCAGUCAUCUAUCCUCCAU